AUGUAUGGUAGCGUGGAAGUUACCAUCGAGUCUGCACUCGGCUUUAGGGGCGGCGAGCCUGACUUUCAAAAUUCACUAAGUGAACGUAGCCACAAGUGCUGCGUGUGCAGCGUGGUAGUACCUAACUACAGUGGGUCACGACGAGUGCUACCAGCCCGCUACCACCAGUAUGGGGUGGGCCACCUUCCUCCACCCUCACCCCACUCUCCCCACCGCCGAGUGUGCCACUCCUGCACACUGAGGUGUGGCCCUCGCGCUUUCAGUGCGACGCGCAACCACAGACACACGCCACAAUGCCCGGUGCCCACAUGCACGACACCCAAGUGGAAGGUGCGCAAGCUACGGGCGCUGCCUCCACGAUGGCAUCUCCUGCCCCGCGACGUGACUGAACCCAUCGUCCGCGACAUGCUCGCCAUCCAAAAGUAUCGUCGUGUGCGUAAAGCUAACCAGCAAGUACCCACAGAGCUGCCGGCUGACGCGUCGCGCUGCUGCAGCGGUUGCCUACAGAAGUUGCUGCAGCUGCUCGGUCCCACGGGGGCGGCAGCGGCCGCCGACCCUCCCGUCGACACGUCGCUGUGGGCGCAGCACGAAAUACACGCGCUCAGGAACGCCAUUACUCAGUUUGGGCGUCACUGGAGUCGCGUGAGCUCUCACGUACCUGGCAAGACGAGCGACCAGUGCAAGAGCUUCUACACGAACCUCAAGACCAAGUACAAGCUUGACGAAGCCAUGACUCAGUACAGACGCAGCAGAGGCAAAACAUUGAGCGGGGAAGGCGGUGUCACAACAUCUGCAGGAGUAUGCGGCGGUAAGGGAGCAGGAUACAGCAGCAGCGGAAGCACAGGCUCCUCCACUGACAGCUGUGAUGACACGAGCUUGCCUCCUCCUCGCACCACACAACAUCGCGACAGCACCUCUGACACCGCCUCUGCCUCGUCACCUGUCGCUGGUCGCAAUGACUUGGAUAUUGCCAAAGAGGAUGUCGUGUCUGGGGAGUGCCGGGGUAUCAACGGCCGUGACUCCCCGGAGGUACAGCACAUCCCUCACCCUGGAGAGAGCCUUCCCCACAAGCCCCAGCGAACGUCCCCUAUCAUGUACCACGUUGAUGGCUCUCAGCCGCAGAUCAUGUCGGGUACGAGCGUACGAGACUUCAUCCACAAGACCAUCGAGAGGACUUUGUAUGAACAACAAGCGAUAUCAGGAGCCCCGCCAGCACAUCCAUCUCAUGGCCAGCCCCAGGCGCACCACUACGGUCGUGUGGCUCACGAAAAACUUCCCGAUGCUCCCGGCCACGGUCAUCCUGCAAAUUAUAGCAAUUGGGCCGCUCCCGCAUGGGCAAGCUCUAAUCCACCUUCUAUUAUAUCUGACCCGCAUUCAGGUGUUUCGCGACCUAGUAAUAUACCUUUAGAGCCUGAAGGAGGACUUGAUUUAUCUGUAAAGAAAAGAGACAGAAGUCCCCCUGCUCCUUCAGUUCCUUCAGCUCCUGCUUCGUCACUUGGCUCCACCCACAGCCAGUCCUACAUGCACGCUCUUCACAACAAUCCUGUAUCUAUUGUACAGCGUGAAAGCGGUCACGCUACGGUUACUCUACCUCACGGCGGAGCUGAAAUAAUAAUUACGAGUAAAGAUCACAAUCAGCCUCCUAGAGCACAUUCCAGCAGUCUGGGCUACAACAAGCCCCCUGCCAUUUACGACCAGUUCCUUGUCAAUGACGGCAGGAGUAAACCCCCGUCUCCUUACAACACCGACUCACGUGGUCUCGCUCAUCCGUCUUCCAUGAUGAGUUCUGUGUCUAGUGUUACACCACCCCAUCACAUCUAUAAAAAUCCUCCGCGACAGCUAACUAUUGCAAAAUCAGCCAAGCCUGGAAUAAGUCAGGGCCAGAUGACACUCUCAAGCAACUCAAAUCGCAUCGUGCACCAUCAGCAACCCCUGCCUUUACCUCAACAGCAACAUGCUCCUGCUACCGUGUCUAGAAUUCCAUUGAAGUCUGAUAAAACUGUUGGUAUGCACGGUUCCAUCACGCAUGGUACUCCUGUAAAUCAGGCCCAGAUUCUGGUCAAUCCCACUAGCCAGCCAUCGCGCUACGAAAUGCCUUCAAAACCUAUUACCGCUCGUGAAGGUUCGAUCACUCAGGGGACACCGGUGCAUCAUGAGAUCAAGCGCACGGGCCCUCAAAUGAAAGAUGGUCUUCCCUACGAGUCGAGACCUGGAGUUGAAAUCAUACCCCGGCCUAACCCAGCUGCUAAUUACGAGCGAGAAGUUUAUCGUGUGGGCCAUAGACAGCCUAUCCCAUCAAGUAACGCAAGCUAUCCAAGUUCAUAUUAUAAUCGUGCCGCUUCUUACGGUGGUAGUCAACUUGAUAGUCGACAAAUCAUCGUUGAAACAGACUACAACACGUCCCAGCAAAUGGUUGGUCGUCGUGGUGUGUCCACUGAAAAAGACGUUAGAGGCUCUCCGCGAUCCACUCCACGGGGCCCUAGCCCUCAAGCUGAUCCUAGAGAACAUAGGAACCUUAAUAAUGGAUCACAAAUGGAUCGAAGGAAUUUAAAUCAAGGUUUAGGGAACCAACGAGUCGUUGAUCCACGAUCCAUGGACUCGCGUAUGUUAGAGCAUCGAGCUUCUGUAGACCAUCGUUCUGUUGAUCUCAGACACUUGGAUCAUCGUACGGAUCUCAGGCAGAUUGAUCGCAGAGCUAUUGAUCCUUCCAGUUUGGAACAUCGUUCUGUGGAUCCUCGAUCUGAACAUCAAGUAGUCGAGAUCCAUUCCAAUGAUACGCAUGGAAACUUACCGCGAUCAUCUGCGGAGUCUCGAUCUAAUCUCCAGUACUCCGUUGGUUACCAUGGUCCACCUCAUUCUCAAGGCUAUUACUUUACUUCGGCCGAUGGCAGUCGACCUUCCCCAUCACCGUCUGUGAGAGACGCUCCUCCGACCCCUCCUACGUCUGAAACAAACCAUGCUUCUCCACAUGAAAUGAUGAACAUGUCUAACUGCAACCCUCAAAAUCGUAUACGAUCUGUUAUCAGUCGGCAGCCUAUGCCUCCGCAGAAUAAACCUGGUCAUUUCGGUCCUCCGAAAAGUGCGUCACCACGCAAUGCCCUGAUUGAAAACGAGCGUUUUUCUCCUCGCCAUCAGCACGAAGUGCUUCAAAAUCGUCCUGACCUCGCUGCUAAAAACCGUAAUACUGCUGGAGUUGAAAUUCGCCGUGACAUGCGUAUACCCCAUGCUCAUGCGCCAGGCAGUAAUGUUAGCGUUUUGAACGCACAGAAUUUGCACGAUCCAAAGCGCAAUGUCCCCUACCAGCAACCACCGCUCCCUUCACACGCACAGAAGAUAGACCCUAAGCAUUAUCCCGUUCACAUGAACGAUAAAAUGGAUAUGAGGGACGAAAGGGCUUCAAGUAAUGCCAUGCCUCCGUACAAGAGUAAAGAAGAGGACAUGGAAAUGCAGCAGAAGCAGUCGAUGGUGGGCCACAAUGAAAAGAAGGAAGGAAUAGUUACAGCAAGCUGCCUUAUCAAUAGAGUUAUCCACUGCACGAUCAAUAAGCCUCUGGAUGAGAGUGCAAUAUCUAAUGUAAACCCAGGAUCAGUCCCGCGUGUUGUCACAGCAUCAAGUGGAGAUAAGCGGAUGCUUCUUGGUCAGCAGAUGUCAUCGCCGUCUUUGCUCCACCACCACGGCAGCGGCGAGAAAGAAAUCGUUACGGUCGAUGAUGGGCCUGAGCCUCGGGGUAAUAUGGGCCAGCACCCUCCUCCUCACCACAAGGAUUCUUCUGUAGGUCUCCAUCAACAUCACCAGCAGCCAUCGCAACAACAAAUGGCUUCUAACGUUCAUCCAAAGUCUAUUCAAGCGCACGUUGACUUUGUUAUUAAUCGCGAGCUCCGUGUGCAUGAUUCCAAGAAGGGGCCUGAGCAGUCAGCUGGAACUUACAUCAGAUCAUCGAUGGACAUCCCAAGAAGCGAAGGUCGAUCUCCUCAAGUUGUACAUCCACAAACUUUCGACCAGUGGAAAGGCCGGUGUCACCAGUCGGCACCGUCACACCACGCACAAAACUCUGGAGCUCAUGCGAACUCCUCUGCUUCCCUACACCCGGGCGACAAAGAUCGGAUAGACUCUCGGUCACCUCAUCGAGCCAUGGCCUCUCCUCACGUGACUGCAGUAUCGCAGCCAUCACCACAUUAUCAUCAACAGCCGCCGGUGUCGCACCACAAUGUGCCACCACAGUCCUACCACUCAUCAAUAUCUCCGUCAGUUUCUUCGGCGUCGUUACACAAUUCAACUGCUGGCUCUUCGCAUCAUCCAUCUCAAAGCAUGCAUCAGCUUCAGCAACAGCAGCAACACCAUCAUCAACAGCAGCAGCAACAUCAACAGCAGCAACAACAACAUCAACAGCAGCAACAGCAACAACAACAACCGCAGCAGGUGUCUCAAAGUAACUCACAGUCCAUGCACCUGUCUGUGGACGAGCGUCAAAUUAUCCGCAUCGCUCAGUCGUCUCGUGACCAACAACGCAGUGGGCGUCCCCCUCAGCAUCUGCAGCAGCAAGGCUCAGUUUCCUCUCCUCUGCAGUCUCCCCAACAGCCUCCCACCUCGUCACCUCACCAGCCGCAUCAGUUCCAACAAGCCCAAUCUCAGUUCCAACAGUCUCAAGGUAACUCUGUUAUGCAGCAUCAGCAACCAAAUCAAGGUUCACAACAACAGCAAAUGCAGCGUUCCGCGGCUGCUCCACCUCCGCAGCAGAUUCAGCCACCACCACCACCGCAUUCGCAACAUCUUCAAAUAUCUCACCAGAGUCAACAGUUGCAGCUGCAAAAGCAACUGCAUGGUCCUCCUCCGCAAGUAUCUGUGUCUUCUCAGCAGCAGAUCAAGUCCCGAACGCCUCCUUCAUCUGGCUACACAAUGAGCACUUCGUCUCCUUCUAGUGCAGUUCAGCAUAGUCCUUCAGGGCCACAAGAAGAUGACGCAAAAGACUCGAAGCAAAUGAACAUGUUUCCCUUCGAGUAUGUCAGGGUGAAAAUUGCUGAAGUUAUGCGCAACUCUGACAAGGAGCGAGAUCGACCUCAACCACAAGCGCAGGGUAGUGAGAGAAGAUGCAACAGUGUUGAGGACGCGCAUCCUACCAACUCCUCCUCGCACAGCUCGCGUGCAGGCACGCCGAGCUCGACGCACCCUAUGCACCCUCAUUAUGAUUCAAUUGAGGAUAAAAAAAAACGUCUUGACCCUGCAACAAGCUCAAGUAAUCUGGGCCAAACCAUGCACCCACAUUACGACGGAAUGGAGGACAAAAAGAAGAGACUAGACUCUGGUAUGGAAAGCAUGCGACCGCCUUCCCGUUCACGUCCCGUUAGGAACAAUGGGGAAGAGGUGGCGGACUCCCCGCAGUCUGGGGAAAUGGUUAUCGACGAGACCCCUCGUCAGCCCAACGUUGACGGUGGUAAUCACCAGCACGACGGUCACGACGGGGCCAGUGACCGACAUCCUCAAGUGUCCAUAAUUUCUUCAGUUGCGAACUCGGUUGCAAAUGCCGCCAGCCUUGCCUAUCAGUAUCAACAACAUCAGCAGCAGCAGCAGCAGCAGCAGCAGCACUACCGUCACAGACACUCCUCAGCUGCCCCAACAUCAGGUCUCGUUGGCAGCCACGGUACCAAUUCUGGGACCACCAAUAAUAACAGCAACAGUACCACCACAAGCAGCAGUAGUAACCCGCCCGUGUCUCUGAUGAACCACACGACCAGCAGCAGCAGUCAUAGUACCUCAGCCGUGGUGUCGUCUUGGUCCACCACAGUGUCGUCCGCUCAACGCCCUGCUUCCAAUUACGAGCCUAACGUUGAACCUGUCAGCGACGAUGACUGAGCACAUUUUCUGUAUAAAUAAUUUCUUUUGACUCGCAUCUGUAGGUGGAAGUGACGAAAUAUCAGCUACUUCCACUGCACCACUAACCUAACAUUGAAUAUAUUUCUCUUAAAUUUUUGAACGGUUCUGUUUAGUUAAAUUACCACAAAAUUGUCGACGCAUUCAUUUCGUGAAAAGCUAUUAUUAAGAUAUUAUAUUGAAAUAUCUGGGUAAAGAAGUUUCUUCUAAUUAAAUUGUGAAAAUAACACCAUCAUGUCACUUAUCGGAUUUGUCGUAAUUUCAUGGAAUAUAUAUUUAAAUAGCCAACUGUUGACCUACUUAGUCGAGAAAUGUGUUACUAUUGGCCUUGUCCAAGGAAUUACGUGUUUCUUGGGAAGCACCUCAAUGGAGCGCUCUCUAUAUCUAACUGCGAGUCUCAUUUCUUAUACCUACCGUCGAACCUGUACACGAAGAGACUUGCUAUCACACGCCUGAAAUGAUGUGCUAAAUGUGCGAUGGUCCAGGAAAUUGUAGAAGCUCUUUGAACUCAGUAGUCCUUUAAUCUCAAUGAAGCGAAGUUAACAGCAGUGCAGAGACUUUAUACUUAUUGAAAGGUCAACAGUGAUGCUUCUAUUGUUAUAAUUUAUAUCUCUGACAAAAGACCGUCUCGCUGGAUCGUGUAGAAAUAUGGUACGUGUGAUGAGCUUACCACGCGCAUGCGCGCUUGCCCGCUGCAUGAGAAACGCUUGCAAUGCUUCGUCGGUGUAGUGAAGCGUUCGCCCAUAAUCAUUAUUGGGACUCAAUUAUUCUUAUUGUUUAGCUUAAGUCGCGUGUAGGACUUGGCUUUAGGCAAGUGCAAUGUGAUGUCAGGGUUGAAGUAGCUCUGUAGGUACGAUAUAGCGUGGCGCUCAUAAGGCUGCCGCGCCGCCCGUUUUGCUCAAUUUACCGUUCGGUUAGCUGUGUGUUUGUUGCUGUGUAUCGUCGUCAAUAUCACCGUCUUAUUCAUCUCUUGAAGCUAUCGGCAGUGUUAAUAUUAUGUAUUGAUAUUAUGAUGAAUAUUAUUCAGUCUCGCCUGUACAGUGAUCGUCAUCUAGUGACGGUUUCGAAGAUCAUCCCCCUCAUUUCAUCAUCAAUGUCAUCAUCCUGAGAUGUUGCUGUGUCAACAUCUUUAUGAACGUCGUCACUCCUGAAAGCCAUGAUGUGCGUGCGUGUUAAUUGCACAUAAAAUUGUUGUUUGUUCAUGUGUUGUUGUGUUGGAUGCGCUCCUCUGCGAGACGCUCUCUUGUUGCUACAUAUUUAAGUCUGCUCAGCUGAGCGCGCGUGGCACUUCCCUUUCCUUUUGGCUCCCUAUCCUCACUGUUAGUUUAAGUCCUAUCAUAAACACUGGAUUAUUUAGUUUCUUCUAUUUCCCAACCUACACCUUCUUUGGUUCAUCCGCUCACCCGACAACUUGUCGAGUGUUGUGCUGCAGAAAUCUAUAGCCCCUCAGACCAGCUUUUGCCAUCGUCAGGACAACGUGCGCACAGUCGUCUAUGAAUGCUUCAAUUCUUCUCAAGAUUCGCUUCAUCUGAAUUUUCACUCUUCAGAGACUCGCAAUUCUUUUAAGUUUUGCCUCUUGAAACAAUUUUUCUUCUUACAUGCGGCAUUUUCCGUACCUGGGAACUGCCGUUGGUCCGUUGUUAGCUAUUGACCAUUACUUUCUGUACCUCGUGUGGAGUGCAAUAGCUUUGAUGCUGAAAUUGUACGAACUCCUAGUCAUGGAUUGGUCUUUUUUCUUAGGUUGAAGCAGAAUUAAUACUCAUGUAUAUUUGGCGUGGCAAGGGUCUUGUGUCUUUGUGAUUACUCUGCCGUAUGAUUUGUGACUUGGUUUAUUUCACAAAAGUUUCAGCGCAAUCUGCAAUUUUACAUCGGUAGCGUCGGUUUUAAUCGGUUUUCAUACCGCUGACUGUGCUUACUUUCGGUGAAAGUUUAUUCCCUCGAUAUGUUUUUUGACGUCCUGGUUACUCUUGUUAAGGCUCAUUUGACCGAAACGUCAAUUUCGAUUGAAGUGUAAUCGCUCUUAUCCGUUACCCCACCGCGUCACUAUUAAAUGUGACUCUUGGUUACUAAGGAUGUGGCUCAAGGUUUCUAUAUAUGUGACCUAGGGUUACCGUGGAUGGUAUCCAGCGUUACUGCCGAUGUGAGCCUAGGUUACUACAUACGUGAUCCAGGUUUACUACCCACAUAGACCCAGGGUGCAACUGUCAUGCCCCCGGGCUACUGACGCUGCAACAUUUGGACGUGUUCGCGGCCCUCUUGUGUCCGAAUGGAUUGGUCAUGUGUGUUACGCUGCCACUGCUGCCAUCGUGAUAGAUGUUAUCUGUGAUGUUAAUUUUUCUCUAGGCUAGCAUUUAAAAUAGGUAUUAGUAUUAAGGAUGAUUUAAACUUACCAGUAAGGGCCAAUGUAAAGGCCCACUUCCUCAGGUUUUUUUGUCUUGCGCUGAUGCGGUAGCGUUUGGUUUGAUGAAUUUGACCUCGGUAUAUUUUUUUAGAAAAUGUGUUGUAGCCGAUGUUUUCGGUCGUAUUGGAGAUCUCUUUGGAGAUAUUUACCUCUAUUUAAAUAUUUCUUGAAAUUUAGUGUAAUGUAGUCUCUGUGACCCUUGACUUCCCUAUGGACGGAUUUUCUACCACAUCGUUUUUUCCAUUGAUCUAUAGCGGAUUGUUCUUCUACGACAAAAUUAUAUUUUUUUAAUUUUAACGCUUUCGCCGUCAAGUUCUUGGAAUGCCUUAUACAUUUUGACACACUGUUUCAUUUCUUUUGAUUGAUUUUAUUUCUAAAAGAAGUGUUUACUUAACAGAAACAUUUACCUGCAAGACAUAAAUUAUUAAAGCCUUAUCCAUUCAGUUGCCACCUACUAACAGCGAAUGAUCGAAGCUGCUGAAUCAGACCUCACUUGAACAAAGCAUUCCACACUUGGGUGCUGACAUGCUUUGCUUGAACUUGACGUAACUUGGAGAUGUUCUCUACAGGGUAAUUCAUUAUUUCGUCACGUUACAGAUCGUAUUUGCGAAGUGAUUUCGAGGCUGAUCUGUUAUCUGAUUAUCUACCAGUUGACGUUUCAUCGUGAAAUCAAGCGUUGAAGGCUGACCUCUGCGUCUAAGAUUCGUUAGUUCAAGAUUCGUGUAGUCUCUUUGCAGAAAUCGAGCGGCUUUCAGUCCAUCCCGCACUGAAAUAAUUCUUGUUUAAAAAAGUAAAAAAUCUGGCCAUCACGACGUUAACAUUGAAGUUAAUUCCUUGCACUAUUUAUUCUCCUAUCAAGACUGAACACAGAGACAUGAAGAGCGCUGUCGCGGCUCGCAUCGAGCCAGAGCCGCUCUCGACUCACUGUGAUGCGUAUUGUUAUGUCAUGUGUAAGUGUGUAUAUAAUGUAUAUGAAUAAUUAUUGGGAAAUUACUCACUGACUUAACAUACCUGAAAAUCUUCAACCAAUAAGCAUAAUUCGUGAACUUGAGACUUUAGGCAAAAGAAAAUCGAACGCCCGCAAUUUGUUGGUCACCCCGUUUUGAUGUCACUGUUCAGUGAUUGCCAGGAUUUCUGCUUUCGGCCUGCUAAAUGAUCUGGGAAAUUUUGUCGCUGUUUGAUCUCGUUGUCUCUCAAGGAGUUCCGUCAUAAAUGUAUAACUUUAUUCUGUUUGCCUUCAGCAUGAUUUUACUGUUCUAAUAAUGCUUUUGUCGAAGAAAUAUUAUUGGCAUUUGGUCACUUGUAUCUUGAAGAUUCCUUUCAAAGCCCUGUGCGACGAAAGAUUUUUUUGAUGACUGUUCUGAUGCUUACUCGAAUUCUUAGCAUAUAUUUCCGUCAUUAAUCGUUUAGUCAAAUUACUUAUCAAUAAUCAUAAUGCUUUUCAAAAAUGAUCUUAACAAGCAUUUGCGUUUUAUGAUAUACUAUCGUUUCGUUAUUUCUAUUCGCGCUAUCUUCGAAUCUCCGGAAGUGGGAAGAAUUGGAGGGUGGUAUGUCUCGAUGUUUAUUUAGCUAAGGGAAGUUGUUUGAUUUUAUUUAUGUUGGAUUGGAUCCCAACUGGUGCGAAGGGUUUGUUUUGUAUAGAACUGGGCUGCCUUCAACGUCUCUUACUUUCAGGAUCUCCUCAAGGGCUAAAUAGUUUCUCCGCAGAAGCUUUUUUUUGGUCGUGUAAAUAUACUGAAAAAUUA